AUGGCGGCCCCUGUGCUGCUGCUGCUGCUGCUGGGGGCCGUGGGUCCGGUAUGCGGUCUCCUGGAGGGCCUGUACUGUGGGACGGAGGUCUGCUAUGACGUGCUCGGUGUGACACGUGACGCGUCCAAAGCGGAGAUCGCACGUGCGUACCGGCAGCUCGCGCGGCGCUUCCACCCGGACCGGUACCGUCCGGACCCGGGCCAGAGCCCCGAAGAGGCGGCCCGGCUGUUCCUGCAGGUGGCCACGGCUUACGAGACCCUGAAGUACUACAGCUGGCACAGCAGCUAUAACGAGGCCAUAAAGUACCUGGUGACAGUUCCUAAGUACCGGCUGCAGGCCGUGACGAUCGCGCAGGAGCAGGGCCUGCUGCUCCCUGUGAAGGAGCGAGGGAAGAACAGGAGGAGCAAGGAGGAGGUGCGGGACCAGGAGGAGCAGGUGAUCCGCUCCAUCAUCCAGACCAAGAUCGACAUCAAGGGCAGUUACCAGAAGCCUAGUGUGUGGGACCUCCUGCUGUGUCAGCUGGUCCUGGCUCCUGUCACCAUGAUUCGGUUCCUGGUGUGGAACCUCACCUGGUUCUACCGCUUCAGGCUUCGAGGAGAACCAUAUGGACCUGAGGAGCAGCGAUACCUCAUCAGGAAGAACAUGAAGAUGUCUCAGUCUCAAUUUGAUUCUCUGGAGGACUGCACUGUCCAGGACUUCCUGCAGAGGGAGCUGUGGAUCCCAGAAAAGUACCAGUCCGUGUGGGCGUAUAAGGCACAAAGAUGA